AUGUCUGGUGAGAAAAUCUACGAAGGCGUCUUCGUAGCCGUCCACAAGCCGCAAGGCGUCACAUCCGCCGGUGUAAUCCGCACCCUGCAGAACCACUUCAACUCCUCAAAGCUCUUCCAGCCGUGGCUGGAGACCGAGCGCGCGCGCCGCAACAGAGAGAGCAGCUACCAGCGCAACAGACGGCGCUCGAAGCAACUGGACGUGAAGAUCGGACACGGCGGCACCCUCGACCCAUUGGCGACCGGUGUGCUCGUCAUGGGCGUCGGCAAAGGCACGAAAUUCCUCAACGAUUUCCUGGGAUGCACGAAGACGUACGAGACGGUUGUGGUUUUCGGUGCGGAAACAGACACCUACGACAAGCUGGGGAAGAUCGUCCGGCGUGGCCCGUACGAGCACAUCACCCGCGAGGCGGUGGAGAAGGCGCUGGAGCAGUUCAGAGGCAAGAUCAUGCAGCGGCCUCCUAUUUACUCGGCGCUGAAGGUCAAGGGGAAGAAGCUGUAUGAGUAUGCUCGGGAGGGCAAGGAGCCUCCCAUUGAGAUCCAGUCGCGGCCGGUUGAGGUGAUCGACCUGAGGGUUCUCGAGUGGUAUGAGCCCGGAACGCAUGAGUACAAGUGGCCUGAGGAAGAGGCCGCCGGAGAGGAGAAGGAAGCCGCGGAGAGGCUUCUGGCGAAGGACGGCACGCUCCCUAUCGCCCCGUCGGCUGAAAACAAGUCGAUCCCCAUGAAGAGCGAGGAGCAGGAGCCAGCAGCAACGGCGACAAAGCGCAAAACGCCACCACCUGAGGAAAAUAGUAAGGAGGAAGACACCAGUGCAUCGGCUGCGGCUGCCGCUGAUGCUGACGCCGAGCCGGCUCCAUCAGCGAAGAAACAAAAACUUACGGCCGAGGGGGAUGCAGCGCAGGCGCAGGUUGAGCCCUCGGUUAAAGCUGAGACGUCGGAACCAACCACCUCCCCAGCAAAGCCCACUGAACCUUCUCCCCAGCCUCCCGCGGUAAAGAUCACAAUGACCGUCUCUUCUGGCUUCUAUGUUCGGUCUUUGGCGCAUGACCUAGGCAAGGCCCUGGGUAGUUGUGGCCUGAUGAGCUCCCUUAUCCGUACGCGCCAGGCGGAUUUCGAGCUGGGACCUGACAAGGCUCUCGAAUACAAAGACCUCGAGGCCGGUGAGGACGUAUGGGGUCCCAAAGUCCUGCGAUUCUUGGACGACUGGGAGAAGAAGAGAGCCGAGGCGAACACUGAAUAA